AUGAGGGCAUCGACGCCGUCAUCAUCAUCAUCAUCAUCAUCAUCAUCAUCAUCAACCUCUUGUUCGACGUCGUCGUCGCAAUCGUUUCCUUUUGAGAGAAGACAAAGAAGAAAUACUACGACGCAUCGUCGAGGUCUUCUUCUUUCGCUUCGUCGUCGGGAAAAGCAGCAGAAAAGGCGACAACAAAAGACGGGGGUUCUGGACACGAAUGACGUCGUUUACAACGUCGCGCGAUGCGAAAGUGGUGACGACGGUGAUGGACGACGAGGACGACGACGAAAAAAGACGCGCUCACAUUCGCGCGACGUGCGAACGUUCUCCUCCUCCUCUUCCUCCUCCUCUAAUAAAAAAGUAGUCUCCGCGGCGACCGCGUUUGAAAACGCCACCACCUCAGUCUCCAUCGAUUGGAACUCGCAAAUACGAAAAGCGAAAGACGAACGAGUCGGCGUCUUGUUAUUAAACUUAGGGGGACCGGAAACGCUCGACGACGUCGAACCGUUCUUGUUCAACCUCUUCGCCGAUCCGGAUAUCAUUCGCUUGCCGAAUGGUUUACAAUUCUUGCAAACGUUCGUCGCGACGCUGGUGAGCAAAUCGAGAGCGCCGAAGAGCAAAGAGGCGUACGAGUCCAUCGGAGGUGGGUCGCCGUUAAGACGAAUUACAGACGAACAGUCAGAAGCGUUGAAGAAAUCGUUGAUAUCGAAAGGUUUGACGAACGUGAAAACGUACGUCGGCAUGCGAUAUUGGAAACCGUUUACGGAGGAGGCGAUUGAGAAUAUUAAGAGAGACCGCAUCACGCGUUUGGUGGUUUUGCCGUUGUAUCCGCAGUUUUCUAUUAGUACCAGUGGGAGUUCGUUGAGGCUGUUGGAGGAAAUCUUCAGGGAAGAUCCAAUUUUAAGCACCGGGGUUUUACAACACACGGUCAUUCCGUCGUGGUACAGUCGCCCGGGAUACGUUUCGAGCAUGGCAAAGUUGAUAAAAAACACGUUGGAAUCUGAGGCGUUUAAAGACGCGCCGGACAAACCGGUCGUUUUCUUCUCCGCGCACGGUGUGCCAACCUCCUACGUUUCCGAAGGCGGCGAUCCGUACAAAGAUGAAAUGGAAGAGUGCGUGAAACUUAUCACGAACGAGUUGAAAAAAAUAGGCUGCGAAGGGUACAAGCACGUUUUGGCGUACCAAUCGAGGGUCGGCCCGGUGGAGUGGUUGAAACCGUACACGGACGACACGAUCAGAGCGUUGGGGAAUAAAGGCACCAAAGCGUUGUGCGCGGUCCCGGUAUCUUUUGUUUCCGAACACAUCGAAACGCUAGAAGAAAUCGACCAGGAAUACAGAGAAUUAGCGGAAGAGAGCGGUAUUGAAUACUGGGGUCGCGUCCCGGCGCUCGAUUGUGACGAGGUAUUCAUCGACGAUUUGGCCAACGCCGUCGUAGAAGCUUUACCAGCCAGCACAGCCGCGGCGCUUAGUAACAUCACAACCACCACGAAUACGAACUACGUAAAAAACUUGGACGAUUCCGAGAUCGUUCCCUCUAAAAGCUCCGUCGAAGAGCUUUUAUCCGUCUACGACAACUUAGACCUGCGCAUACCGACGAGGGAGUUCACGUACGAAGCCGACGACGUCUUGCCGUUCGUCGCGGUCGCCGCGUUUUGUUUAUUCUUAGGCAUUCAAAUCAGAUUAGGGAUGGAAGGGAUUUUCGUUCCAGGUGGGGGGAUCAUACCCAGCGAUACGCCGCCGAUUUUGUUUCAAUAA